CUCCGAAAGGCUCCCUUGUAGCAAUCGUGGCCCCAUCUCCUCCACCGCCGGUGACGCCAUGGCUUCCUCGGCCGCAGCUGGUCGCCGCCUCCUACUCCUCCGCCACCACCACCUUCUCCCGAGACGCUACAUCUCUUCCUCAUCCGCAGCCGAUAGUCUCGACGAUGGCGGCGGCGGCGGCCGCCUCAAGAUCUUCGACCGCGACCUGAAGCGCCGGCACCGGGACCGCGCAGCGUGGGCGAUGCGGGAGACUGACGGGUUCGUGGAUGCCGUCGCAGAGAACCUCCUAGACCGCCUGGAGGACUGCAGGAAGGCGUUCCCCUCCGCGCUCUGCUUCGGGGGUUCUGCCGGUCCCGUUCGCCGCUUGCUCCGCGGCCGCGGUGGAAUUGAGAAGCUGAUCAUGAUGGACAUGUCGGCCGACAUGGUGAGGAAGUGGCGAGAGUCAGAGAAUGCUACCGACGACGGACCAGAGACGCACUUUGUUGUCGGUGAUGAGGAGUUCCUUCCGAUCAAAGAGAGCUCACAGGAUUUGAUAAUAAGCUGUCUUGGGCUUCAUUGGACAAAUGAUCUUCCUGGAGCAAUGAUACAGUGUAGGCUGGCGUUGAAACCUGAUGGCCUUUUUCUCGCUGCAAUUCUUGGUGGAGAAACACUGAAGGAGCUUAGAAUUGCAUGCACCAUUGCACAAAUGGAACGAGAGGGGGGCAUCAGUCCUCGAAUGUCACCUUUAGCACAAGUCCGUGAUGCAGGAAACCUUUUGACAAGGGCAGGCUUCACCCUUCCAGGAGUUGAUGUUGAUCAGUAUACUGUUAAAUACAACAGUGCUUUGGAACUUGUUGAACAUCUUAGAGCAAUGGGGGAAACAAAUGCUCUGUUUCAAAGAAAUCCUGUGUUAAAAAGGGAUACAGCCUUGGCGACCGCAGCAAUUUACCAGUCAAUGUUUGGGUUAGAGGACGGAUCUAUUCCAGCAACCUUUCAAGUAAUUUACAUGACUGGCUGGAGGGAGCAUCCAUCACAACAAAAGGCUAAGAGAAGGGGUUCCGCGACCAUAUCAUUUAGUGACAUACAGAAACAAUUUGCUCCCAGUGAGAACUGAGCUUUGCUGCUUCAAAAUGGCAGUGUUCCCUAACCCCUUGAUCUAAAAAAAAAAAAUACAUGGGGAAAGAAAAGAAAUCUUCCAAGAGCUCCACCCUGAAGCUUCAUAUUUCUGAGGGAGUGAGGGUUCACAUUUGCAGAAAGCAAGUGCGCUUCUGUUGGUUGUACCAAUUUUCUGUGGGAAAUCACUUAAUCUGUAUCAACCAUGAUCCUGCUGCGAAUAGUCAGUGCAUGGAGAACCGAUGUUGCCUGUUGUAUGUAGGUUCAUACUGAAUUUGAGGAAACCCAGAACAUGUGAAACGUUACGAGACACUACCACUGUUAUUGUCGUGACUUAAACAGUUUCCCUGCGGCGUCCAAAAAUUACGAGACACUACUACUGUUAUUGUGGUAUAUCUGUGAGUACAAAGAACAAACUUGGAACUUCAUUUACUCCCUU